AUGUCCCAACAAAAUGAUUUAGUGGAAGCACUAAGUGCGGAGACCAGUAAACUCAAAUGUUCAGGUAUAUCUCUGAAAUUAAAAGCUAAUGAGAGGGUUGUAGAAGAGCUAUUCAACACAGGGCUUGUGGGUAAGCUUCUAGCGGAUAGGAAUAUUAACAAGAAUGUUGUUAAGGCCAUCAUCCUGAAAGUAUGGAGAACAUCUAAAGGAGUGCAAAUAGUGGAUUUAAGAGAGAACAUGUUUCUCUUCAAAUUUUCUUAUGAAGGAGAUCGCAAAAGAAUUAUGGAGUUGGGGCCUUGGAACAUUGAGGGUUAUCCUCUCAUCCUAAAGCCGUGGAAUCAAAAUAUGGCUGUUGAAGACUUGGAAUUUUCAAGCUUGCCAAUAUGGAUCCAGGUACAUAAUCUUCCAAUUGAAUACAUGUCCAAAGAGAAUGAUGAAGAGAUUGGAGCUAUGGUGGGUAAGGUUUUGGAAGUUGAUUUCACUGGAAAUGGGGGAGUAUGUAUGAGUAAAUUCAUAAGAGUUAAAAUUGAACUUAAAAUUGAAGAUCCUCUCUGGAGCGGGUUCUUCUUGGACAGAAGUACUAAUGUUGAUUUAUGGAUACAGUUUAAAUAUGAGAGGGUUGCUGACUUCUGUUAUAAAUGUGGUCGAUUGGGGCAUUUAAAGGCCAGAUGUCCGAGAACUGAAUCUACAGCAAGAAAUUCUGAUGGGAAAGAGCCUUAUGGGUUUGGGCCUUGGAUGAAAGCUGAGAAUGUAGGGAAAAGAACAACAAGAUGGGUAGAAUUCUUGGCAGACAUAGACAAAUCAGAGGAAGGAAUUCUUAAGGGACACCAAAACUCCAAGGAGUCUAAAGCUGAGUGGCGUGUUGAACACGCGCCGGAGAAAACAAGUAUUGAAAAUCAGUUUUCAUCCUCAAAUGAUCUGGUGGAAGGCUCGAGGAAUUUUCUGACCAAAUUUGAUGAGUCAGCGGCCAAUGUCACCUCAAAGCAACUUUGUCCAGGUAAACCUCUCCAACUUUCCUCCUUAAGCAAACCAACUAAUCUCCCCAUGGAAACUGAAAUUUCUGAUGUCACCAACCCACAUGUCUCAAAUAUCAACCAAACCAAUAACCCAUCCCAAGAUUCUGACUGUGGUGUAAUCCCAAAAAUUCAAACCUUAGAUCCUGAAACCUCCAGAACCAUCCCACAGAUAUCAAAUCCUCUUGACCAACCGAAUGGGCCCACAACUGCCUCAGAAAUUACGGACCCUACUCUUCUAAUUGGGCUUUCUAAAGCCCAAAGUAACAUGCUAUCAUGGACCAUUUUUUAUAAUGAAGGUGAACCCAAUUUAUCUAUUGGACCUGAACAUUUACAAGGAAGUAGUGUCAGUCAAAAGAAUGAAAGUUACAAGGUGGGAGUGAAAAGGAAAUUAGAAGCAGAAGAUUGGUUACCCAGUAAUAGGGUUAUUAAACUCACAAAAGUAGGCUCCGGUUUACUUGAAAUAGCCCAUCAACCCACUAGUCAGACUAUUAAAGCACAACAGAGAAAUACCAGUAAAUGCAGCCCCAUUCGUAAAAAAAAAAGAUGA